CAAACACUCCAAGCCACCCUACCCACGCCUUCAACACCAUCAAGUUGGUCGAUGAUCGCAUCGGUCCAUGGAUUCGUAGGCAAACCGGCGACAAACACAGCCGAAUAGCUGACGUGUUUCCUUCUGCGCCUGGGACGACGCCACCUCAAAACAGAAUCGCAAUAUCUUUCCCGUCUACUACAACAGCGCGUUGGCAUCGUGGAACGUGAUUUGUUGCGAAGGUGUUGCCUCAUGAAGCUCUCUUCGCAUAGGUGGAUAUUUCUGCGGGCGAAACCUUUAUGGAAUUCUCAGUUUUCCAUCCACGGAACGUUCAGGUGGCAUUCGCAUGCAAGAUGGUAUUCUUCGAGUACACGUGCGAUCAUUGAGAACGAAAAAGAGAAUGAAGCUUUCAAAACAUUCGACGUAACUUGCGGCGCCGCUGGCACCAUUGCAGUAGAGUACGCAUUCUCUCUUGUUCUGUCCCAAAUAUAUACAUAGACACCCGUCCUAUCUGGGAGUCUGUACACGUGACCUGACUCCAUUUCUUCAUCCACUCCUUGCGCGAGACUUGUCUGCUUCCAUGAAAUUUCACUGACCAAUACCCAGUCUAUACAACUUGGAUUUACUUUCAAAACCUACAACACCACUCUUCAUCUACCUACCACCAACAGGAUGUCAUCUGCGAGAAAGCCAUCCUCCAAUUCCAUCAUUUCUUCUCUCCCCUUCCGCGGCCAUAGCACGUAUAAACUACCGAUGGAACCAUUUGUCCUCAUCACCUCGUCAAGUUUCUACCGAUGCUGACGAACCUUCUUCUUCGCCAUCGACACCAAACCUGCUCACAUCGGACCCCGGGUACGCCAAUCACCCAUUCCCAACACCACUUCAUGAUACCCUACAUGCAUUCUCUUUCCUUACAGACUCCCUAUUACCAUCUUACUCGCCCGAUUCUGCAAAACCCAAGACAAAUGGAGCUUCUCCUACAAAGAAAUCAGUAUGGGCAACACCUCCACCAACACCCUCGAAAACUAUCCAGAGACCAAUCAUAAUCUAUGGCUCCUGCUUAGGCGGAACCUUGGCGGCCUCUCUAGGCCUAACCGAAUCCCAGGUCUCCAAAACCCUUUCAUACCAAAUCUCAGGCGUAAUCUCCAAGAAUGGCAUCUUCGACUGGACAGAAUUUGGUAGUACCCCACCACCAGAAGGCGAAGCCCCUUCCCAGGCCGAAGACUUCGAGUCCUGGGACACGAGAAAACUACACAGGAUAAAAAAACACCUAUUCUCCGAUCCAGCAGGGACAUUCGACUGCUUCGUCUCGCCAGCACUAUUCUUCCGCACUGCCGGGACGAACGUUCCUCCCAAAUGGCCCAGCAACGAGGAAGAUCCCACGGAGAACGAGUACUCAGAGCUAAUGUUCGACGACGACAUGUUCCUCUCCUCGCCCGUACUGAACACCACAUCCAUACAAUCAGCACUCACCAAACCCACCACACCGCCCCGCGGUCGUUCCCGGAAGACAACAGUAGACCUCACCCCCGCCGCGCGAACAUCCCAUCUCAAAUUCCCACCCCCCAAAUCCGGCCUCAAAAUCCCACGGUCGCUGUUCCUGGUCGCUCCACCAGCACCUGUACGCAAAGAACCCAAGUCCAAAGCCUCGAAAGUCCGGGCUAAGAAAGAGAAAAUCACGCCGUUGACGCAAGCGAAGGAACUGGGCGGGUUGAUGCGGAGAAGUAUUAGUCAGUUGGAGUUUAAGGAUCGGAAGAUGUGGGAUGAGGAUUUGGAUGAUGAGGCGGAGGGCAUGAAGAGGGUGGGUGUUUGGGAGUGUGGGGAUGGGAUUAAGGAGGAGGAGGUGGGGGAGUGGAUUGAGGAGUGUUUGGAUAGUUGAGUGAUGAUUAGUCUGGUUUCUUAGACUCUUAGAGUCGCGAGAGUCUUUGGUGGCUCGAACCUAGCAAAAUCCUCUCAGGACUCUUAUACUGAGAUUGAGUGGUGAUUGAGGGAUUUGUACUUUUAUGUGUAUGGAUGUGGGAUUGGUAAGAUGAGUGGAUGAGGAAAAGUCAACUUUAGAACUGCCUUGUAAAUCAAGCUUGAGUUUACACGAGGAAGUAUAGUUGAAACGCAUAUCUUUCUUGUUCUAUAGUAAUG